GUAAAAUUGGAGAGUUUCAGCGCCACAGCCAUGGAUGCUCCACCGAGUUGGCAGACCGCCGGACUCAGCCGUGGAGACUCAACUCAGUUUCUUGACCAGGAAGCAACCUCGAGACUGGAGGGUGAAGAGACAGACCCUUUGUCUACAGAAUGGACAGAUGAGAAGCAUAGUCUGUAUCUCAAUUCCAUGGAAGCUUCAUUUGUUAACCAGUUAUACGAUUCUUCUAAUCUUCUUGGUUGGCCACCGAGAAAAUGGAAUCCGUCAGAGUCACAACCAUCCUCACAGAAGGAUUGCAACACCUGCAUUUCAUCUGGCCAGUUCAAGGUUCUUCGAGGUGGGUCGUGGCAGAAGAUGGAGUGUGUAAGAGCUGAAAAUAAGCGGCAUGAUGAUCUUCAAUCAGAUCCAUGGAUCAGGCAUUUCAGAUCUUCAAGAAGAGGCCAAGAUCCAGGAUUGCCGUUUCUUCAGGAGAAUGCUGCUUCCACAAGUAAGGCAGUGAAGCAGAAAGGGAAACAGGCUGUGUCUUGCGGAGGAGAUUCCACUUCAAGGCAGUUUCUGUUGUGGAAUUCUCUCUACCAUCGGGACUCAGUUGGCAGCAAUAUAGAGGUCUCAGGCCAGAACUUUAUGGACGAUGAAAUUGAAGGCAGUCCAAAAAGGAUGAAGACACGAGGCGAUUGAUCAAGUAGUGUGAACUGAUCACAGUUUAUCUUCACCCCAUGGUUUCUUCUACUCCAUCCAUCUCUUUCCAGUAUCCAGUAAAGGAUCAGUGAAUUGAAAUGGAGGAAAUCGGUGACUUAUUCCAUCUGAAUUUCGCCAUGGAUGAAGAAUGUGUGGUCACUGUUCUUAUUCUUCCUCUCUUUUCUUUGAUUAAUGCUGUACGUGAAAACUAUUGUUCUUGUUUGGGAGGAUAUUAAAAAAUUAUAGAUUUUUUUUUAAAA